AGGGGUGGUUAAGACAAGUCAAGACCAUGCGCCCAGGGCCGGACACGCUGGGUAAGGCCCGGCCCCGCCCUGCUCGUGCGUCACGGGCCGCCCACCAGGUUUUUACUGCCAACCGCACUUGCUACUGGCACGUAAGCGUCAGCGCUCGAACAGGCCCCGCAGGGCAGCAGCACGGGUGGUUAAUACCGGCUUGCGGCCACCGGAAGCAGCCGGCGGUUUUCAGCCUUCCUGCAGCCCGGGAGCUGCCGCCCCUCCCCCACGCGGCGCAGUCAUCACAUGUCUCGGCGCGGAUCGAUGGCGUCAUCAGCCCGCGUCAACCGGUCACAGCGCUCUGUCACAGCAUGAGCCGACACUUGCUGCAGGCGGCGCGCACCGCACUCCCCGCCGGGGUCCGGCAGCUGCGCACCGCGGCCCCCCGCCGCCGCGGCGCCCGGGACUUCUUCCUGGGGACACCGCUCAAGGAGGGAGUCUUCCCUUAUCCAGAGAUUACCAAUGAAGAAUUGAAAGAAAUCAACCAAUUCGUAGGACCUGUAGAAAAAUUCUUCCAUGAAGAAGUGGACUCUAAGAAAAUUGAUCAAGAUGCUAAAAUCCCACCAGAAACGCUAAGGGGACUGAAGAACCUGGGGCUUUUUGGCAUACAGAUUCCAGAGGAAUAUGGUGGUCUUGGUUUUUCAAAUACUAUGUAUGCAUACUUAGGAGAAAUAUUUUCUCUGGAUGCAUCUAUUGCAGUUACUUUGGCAGCUCAUCAAACUAUUGGGCUUAAGGGAAUUCUGAUUGCUGGCACUGAUGAACAGAAAGCAAAGUACCUGCCUAAAUUGGCAUCUGGGGAGCAUAUUGCAGCUUUUUGCCUUACAGAAACCGGGAGUGGAAAUGAUGCUGCAUCCAUCCAGACAAGAGCCAAGUUGAGUGAAGAUGGGAAAUACUUCUUACUAAAUGGUUCAAAGGUCUGGAUAUCAAAUGGUGGCCUAGCUGACAUUUUUACUGUUUUUGCAAGGACUGAGAUUGUUGAUGAAGAUGGCACAGUAAAAGACAAAAUUACUGCCUUCAUUGUAGAAAGAGCCUUUGGCGGAAUCAUGAAUGGGAAGCCUGAGGAUAAAUUGGGCAUUCGAGGAUCCAAUACCUGUGAAGUACAUUUUGAAAACACAAAAGUGCCUGUAGAGAAUGUUAUUGGAGAAGUAGGAGGAGGGUUUGAGGUAGCUAUGAAAAUCCUGAGUAAUUCAAGGAUUAGCAUGGGGAGUGCAUCUGUAGGAAUUAUUAAGAAGUUGAUAGAAAUGACAGCAGAGUAUGCUUGUACAAGAAAACAGUUCAAUAAGAAACUGAGCGAUUUUGGAUUAAUUCAGGAGAAGUUUGCUCUUAUGACUGUGAAGGCAUAUGUAAUUGAGAGCAUGGCUUAUCUCACUGCUAGAAUGAUGGACGGUCCAGGACUACCAGAUUGUUCUUUGGAAGCAGCCAUGGUCAAGGUGUUUAGUUCUGAAGCUUGUUGGAUGUGUGUAAGUGAAGCGUUACAGAUUUUUGGAGCACUUGGCUAUAUGAAGGAUUACCCCUAUGAACGUUACCUCCGGGACAGCAGGAUCCUGCUGAUCUUUGAGGGAACAAAUGAAGUUCUGCGACCGUAUAUUGCUCUGACGGGUAUUCAGUAUGCAGGCAAAAUCUUAACUGAAAGAAUAAAGGAAUUCAAGCAACGGAAGGUUCCAUUCAUACUGACAGCAUUUCUAGGACAAUUCCAGGACUCGAUAGGCAGAAAAGUUGAUUUAGGACUGGUUGGUGAUAAGGGUGUGAUACAUCCCAGCCUAGAGGAAAGUGGCAAGCAGCUUGAAGAAAAUAUAUAUUAUUUUGGACAGGUAGUAGAAGGCUCGCUGAGGAGGUUUGGCAAGACUAUAGUGGAUGAACAGCUGAUUCUGAAGAAAGUGGCAGAUAUUGUCAUUCAUUUGUAUGCGAUGACUGCAACUAUUUCCAGGGCUAGUCGGUCAAUCAGUAUUGGUCUACGCAAUCAUGACCAUGAAGUGCUUCUUACAAACCUGUUCUGCAAAGAGGCAUUUUUCAAAAAUAAUUAUGCCAUAGCUGAGUUAGAAAAAUAUUCUGAAGAAAAUAUGGACAGCAGCAUUAAAAAGGUUGCAAGGCAGGUGUUGGAAAAAAGAGCAUAUACUUGUUCCUAUCCAUUUGACAGGACUUUCUAGUCACGAGUGUAACAGACGAACCUAGACUGUGACUGAAAAAGGCAGGGGUAUUACUCCUCUCUGGUUCAAGUUCUCAGCCAUGUGUCUGACUCUCUUAAGCAAAAGACUUUCUUUUAAUGGAAAAUAUGUUACCAUCUGAACAAAUUUGUAAAAAUAAAAUUUUACUGCCUCCUGUGUAAACAGACCACAUGAAAACCAAAAUCAAGCAGCAUCUACGGGUGAUUCUUUUUUUUCUAAUUAUGGUAACAUCUGAUCUGAAUGAACAUGGCAAUACUUGACUUUCAUUUCCUGGCAAAGGAAAUGUAAUAUAAAGGCACUGCUUGAUUUACCCUCCCCCCCACUCCAACCUGAGACCAAAGUGAUUCUCUUACCUUUGAAGAUUUGUUGGUAAACGCUGUGAAUACUGAUGCAUCUUUAAAUCGUAUCAGGUCAAUGCUUUUGUCUUAUUUACUGAGGAAACAUAUUACAGCAAGGAAAGACCUGUCACCUAACAAACCACGUGCAAGGUAUUGAAGUACUAGUUUAACCUUAUAAUAAACAUUUUCUGAGCCUA